AAUUCGGUUCCCCCACAGAUCUUUAAGAGGCCCUCGUCCCCCAGACUUUUGAACAUGCUCGAGUUUUACAUGCCGGCCCAAAGAGGAUGCCAUAAUAUCCCUUACCCUUACCCUUUACGAGGCAUAUAGCGGACCUGGCAUAUGUAUAAUACAGUCGCCAGAGACGGGGUGCAUAUUGCAUUCGGUCGGAAUGCUUGUAUGGAGCCGUGCGAUGGAGGAAUGAUCCGGCCCCUAGGAAGGAAGGAAGGUGCCUUUGCUGCAAGAGACCUGCAAGAGACCAACAUGCGUAUUUCCGGAUUUGAAGCUCGCUGCCAGAUCUCCAUGCCCGUUUCGUCCAUCCAGGCCGAGACCUGGGCCCGGGCGAUCCCAAUCGCAUGGAGGCUGGAAAGUGGAAACAACGAAGAUCGCGCUUGGCCGCUGUUCCCGGCCGUUUUUGCCAGCAUUGCUUUGCUGACACAACAACAAUAUUUGUUGUUUGUGUAUCACUUUUUGUUUUGGCCAUGCCAGCAUUCGCUGUUGUGCUAUCGUCGUCGUCCUGGUAUUUGGUUUCCCCCCCACUCGCUGGAACCUGGGCGUGUGUCACCCUAUCAAUCCAUCAAUGCAAUGAGACUCGAUGCUCGUGUAGCUCUCGAAUCAUUGCUUCAGAGCUCACCUCGUCCAUGCCCGAGACAGACAGCCUACAGCGGGUACCUAUUCGUAAGGUAUGACACUGCCACACUGUCCCCCUCCUUCCCCGUUCCCACCGCCCUUCCCCUGGACCCCCUGGACGAAGCUGUCCACUUGGGUUCUUAGUACAAAUCGAGCCUCCCUUAUUGUCCCGCGCCGUCCCUGUGGAGAGUAUCUUAAUUCUCAGGAGUCCCCGUCAGCUUCAUUCUUCCAGCC